AAUAGUGUCAAUUGUCAAAUUGUAUAAACAAGCGUCGAUGACGAUUUGUUGUGUAAAUCCGAUCAAAAUAUACCAAAUAAUAUUGUUUAAUUUACAAAAAGAUCUUACAAAUAUAUUAAAUAAAGUGUUAAGUGCAUAAUAAUAACAAAAUGAGCUCUAUACAGGAGCGUUUGCAGCUGAAACGCGUACCUUUAGAUACAUGGAAUAUAAGGGAACAGUUAUGCCUUGCUUCUGCGGUGGUUAGGAGCGGUGACCAGAACUGGAUGUCAGUUUCCCGCGCUCUGAAAACUAUUGGCGAGCCAAACAGACCACCGGAUUGGUAUUCUCAAAAGAGCUGUGCAGCCCAAUACGGAGCACUCCUCGAACAUGUGGAGACACCGAAACGCAAGAAGCGUAGCUCGGAAGGUGCGGUGGAGACUCCACAGGAGAGUAUAUGGAAACGGUUGAUGCAGGAACGGAUUGCGGAGAUACAGAAACAGUUGGUCGAGAUGCAACAGCAGUAUGAUCAGGGAAAGGACAUAGUUCUAGAACUACGGAACCCAGCCACCUCGGACGAGAGGAUAAAGGAACUCUACGCCAAUAUGGAGGCUCGCAACAGAGCGAGAGAGAGAGAGCAAGCUAGACGCGCCGCCUGGUUGAAAGAGAGAGACGAAAAACGGGCCCGAGCCGACCGCGCGUGGAAACCUAUGUUGAAUAAUAAUACUACGCAGAAUCAGCCUACUGCGUCGUCCCCCGCCCCCCCUGCGUCCCCUCUGCUGACGUCACUACUCAAGUCGUCCCCCGUCGUGACCACGCCGCAACAUAUCUCGCAUCCUGCUAAUUGUGUCGAGACAGUGUCCCCCUCAGUGACAGCGCCGACUCUGUCCAUGUUGCUGGAGAAGUCAGCGUCGGGUACCAGCCAACAUGAGAGCAAGCACGCCGCUAUUGAACAUAUCAAGAGCCAACUGGUGCAGAUUGAACAGCAGCUUAAAGCAAACACACCGCCGGUACUAUCAACUACAGCUCAGCCGUCUCAACCGCCGCCGCUAGAUCUGGACGACAUAGAGAUAAAGGCGGAAGAUGUGUACGCGUUCAGAGACAUCGACAUACAUAUACCGCCCGUCACCGCCAUGCACAAGCCGGGGAACAGUUCCAGACCACCAGACAAGCCAGCAGGAACGGCCAGCAAGGAAGAGGAGCAGGUUCAGUCCCCGGCUGUGGCAACAGAAGGACCCGUCAUUGUGGAUGAACAAGUUAUUAAGGUGGAACCUGAACAAAUGGCAGUGGAACCAAUCGAAGAGGAGAUUCUUCAGGAAGAGAUUGACACUGAGCCGGUACAUCCACCAGUGCAGCCGGCGAGGAUCACGAAGGAGAACACGCCUGAGGCCGAGGUGAAGAUAGCGUUCCCUGAAGUCAAGUUCCCGACCACGGAGAUUAAAGUUAUACAGCCUGAGGAUCAGAAGAUCAAAGAAGAGGUGAAAGAACCAGAGACGGUGGCAGAAGUAUCGCCCGCAGUAGAGGAGACGGUGGAAGAAGAAAUAGUCACAGUCGAUGAUACUCCGCAGGUUGUUGAAGAAGAGAGCAUAAUACAAGAAGAGUCGACACCCCCACCGACAGAAGAGGAGAAGACUUCUGAAUCUCCUGUGGCAGUAGAGCAGGCCACAGAAGAGACGGUGGUAGUUGAGCCCACGGUGGAGAUUCCACCGGAGACCAUACCACUGCCACCGGAGCCUGAAGUUGAGGAGGCCGUGGAAACUGAGGCUCCAGUCGUUGAGGAACCCCCACCGCCCCCCCCAGAAGAGCCACAGAUCCCGUCCCUCCCCGAGCCGAUACACGCGGACAAUAUAGAGAGGGAGCUAGAGAUGAUGGAGAAUGGAGAGGAAGUGGUAAGAGAACCACAGAAGACAGCAGAAGACGUUAAGAAAGACGAGGAGUCUGAGACUGACGUAGAGGACACACAUACCGAGACUGAUGACGAUACGCCUAUGGAGUUGAGCAGAGAAGAAGAGAAGGACGGCAAGAAGAAAAGGGACUACUCGCGGAAGAAGAAGUCGGAUUCUAGAACUUGCUCCGGGUCGGAGAGCGCGGCGGAGGCGAGCGGGGCGGAGUCCCCGGGAGGCUGCGACGUGGACAGGCAACACAGGCUCUGGAAGAAGUCUGUCAUGCUGGUCUAUAGCAGACUAUGCACCCACAAGUACGCCUCCCUGUUCCUCCGUCCCAUCAGUGAUGAGGAGGCUCCAGGGUACAGCAUGGUGGUCAAACGGCCCAUGGACCUCACCACCAUCAGGAAGAACAUCGACUCCGGCGUUAUACGGACUACGGCGCAGUUCCAGCGCGACGUGCUACUGAUGUUGUCCAACGCGCUGAUGUACAACAGCAGUGAACACAGCGUCUACUCUAUGGCGAAAGAUAUGCACGCUGAGGCACAAGGCCAACUGGGCAUGUUACUAGCUGCGCAAGCGCACGCUGGCCUUGUACACUCCGCGCCGGCCAGACGCAAGCGGCGCCGGGAGCACUCGCCUACCUUACAGGCACAUAAACGACAGCACUAGUGCUGUGGUAUAAUGGUUUUAUGCUUGAGUUAGGUACAAGAGUAUUUUGAUUGAAAAUGUAAUUGUGAAAUGCCCAUUGCUGGUUUUUAAUAAAUGUGUAAGUAGCUUUUGAAUGUACAUCAGGAGACAUUAAUCCAUAAAAAUAUUAAAUAAAUAAAUAUUUCAGUUAUUCAAAAAAUCUUCCUUACAUUUAGAGUGCUUUUCCACCAGAGAUGUGCUAUGUAGCUAUGUUACAAAGAUGUAAUAGCUAAGCUGUGAAACUAUGUGAUCGUUUCCAUUGAUACUAAGCUAUGUAGCUGUGCGAGGAAGAUGCGCAGCUCGAGUAAGCGAUGUAUCGAUAGUAGGGAAGCCAUCCAUAGCACGCGUCCUUAAUUAUGUGUACCAAUGAAUAUGAUAGGUGGAAGCCAAACGCAUCCACAGGAACGUAGCAUAACACAUCUCUGGUGGAAAAGCACGCUUAGGGUUUGAAAACCACAGUAUUUCAUGUUUUGUCUGUCGAGGUGAAGAUUUCCAAUCUCUUGUAAGAAAACGGAUAUUAAAAUCAAAUUUUGGAAUAAUCUUAUACCAGCAGUGGGUGUGUCUUAGGGUGUUACCACACCAAUCAAUCGAUAGCCGAUAGAUGUCAUCGAUCGAUGGUAGAAUAGAUUAGUCGACGUCGAUCGAUAGUUUCUACUAGACCAAUCGAUUGACCGAUGCCAUCGAUCGGCAAUCGAUCGAUUGGUCUAGUAGACCUAUGUCGAUCGAUGGCAUCGAUUGACUAGCGAUCG